AUGGCUUACUAUUUGCACAAAAUAAUCUUCGUUGCUCUUGUUGUGGCAAUUGCAGUUCCCUCUUCAUUGGGCCGCAGAGAGAAGUCAGAUCUAGAAAAUGACCUAAGAGAUCUCUGCUCGCAGACAAAUAAAACAAAAAAAUGCUGGAACAUCAUCAAAUCCGAGUUCAGCAGAUUCAGCGAUGCGGAUGGCAACAAAGGCGUGGCCGGAGUCGUAAUCGACCUGGCAAUAGCAAAAUCCGACGAAAUUCACGACAAGCUCAACCAGCUCUACGACGAUUCGAAAAACGAUGAGUUGAAGGAAAAGUACCUGUCGUGCUCGAAGAACUAUAACGACGCCAGCCGCAACCUCGAUCUAGCGAGGAGAAACUUGGAUUCCGACGAUUACCGGAAUAUUUCUGUCCAGAUCGAUGAUACUAGUGACGAAUUGAAGAGCUGCAAGCAUGAAUUCAAAAAGGACUCGUUCGACCCGGCCCAUAUUAGAAACCGGAAUAAGGAGUUCAAAAUCUACGUGGAAAUUGUGAAAGUUGCCACCGACCGUUUGCUCCAGGAAAAUGACCAACCACAAGAAGGCAACAUUAAUUAA